AAAAAAUUUAUGAUAUCAUUCUUGGUGAAGUUGUUGGUGCCCGUUUGAUUUCCCGUGCUGGAAGUCUUACAAAUCUAGCUAAGUGCCCUGCUUCUACACUUCAGAUCCUUGGUGCCGAAAAAGCACUUUUCAGAUCCUGCUGUCAAACCAUCUAGGCGAGGAUGAUAGCCAAGUGCAUAACCUUAUGGCGUUGCUAAAUUAUCCCAGCUUUGUUCUGGUCCAAUUAAUUAUCAGGCCUCAAAACUCUUAUGUGGGCCCAGCCCAUGGGCCUUAAGCUCUAGCCAAAACAUCCAACCUGGCCCACAUUCACUGCUGAACUUGUAUUCCAGAAAGCCAUGAUUAUUGAUUUGGAUAUGGGGGGCUGUAUUUCCUGUCUUCUUCUUAUUAUUAUUUUUAAAUAUGACUAUUGGAUAGGAAUCGUUAUGUUCCCCUGUAUCAGCUGAUAGACUUUUUUAUUUCACCCAAUUUUUUUUCUCCCAUUAAAAUUUCCAAAAAAUGGUUCAUUCUACUUUGAUUCAUCAAUCUCAUUUAAAUUGUGUUUUUAUCCCCAAAAUAGAUAUAAAUAUAAAAAGAGUUUUAGAACUUCCUCCAUGGUUGAAAUGAAGAAGCAAGUGAAAAUAAUAAUAAUAAUAAUAAUAAAACAAUAGGAAACUUGGAAAAAAAAAAAUGAAUUGGAGACUUUGUGGGUGUAUUGGCACUGAUAUGGACCCAUUGAUUUUGGAAUGGACUGGUUAAACGCUGCAUUACAUAAUGGGCGUGGCCAAUGCGGCUAUACUGUAACUGAUUUUCAAAACCAACAGGUAUGGAUCUUCAAAACACAAGGAUCAAUGAAAUUAGCCGAACAAGCAGUUAUUUAGGUUGUCCAUGUUAAAUCUAUAUUCUGCAUUCUUAUUGUCUUUCAUUGAGCUAUUUGCUUGCAGGCAAUCAUUUACAAUGCAUUUGCUCCUCUUAUGACAUCAUGGGCUGUUGUCUAUGACGUGUGCUACUUGGAACCUCAAAAUCUAAAACCUGACGAGACGCCAAUAGAAUUUGCAGAAAGGUUUCAAGUUUUGGGGUGUCUGAUUGUAUUUAAAGUUUAGACUUUUCAUUCUCCAUUGAAAGGAGGAGAGAUUUUAGGGAUGACCUUCAGGAAGUGUUUUCUUCCAAGAAUAUUUUCAUCCAAAGAGAAGACCAUAAGCCAAACUGACGAAGAUUCAUUUGAUUCUUCCAUGGAAUUUGAGAGAACCCUGACUUUUUCAGCUACCCCACCAUCCUUCCGAAAAAGCUUAUCUGUUGCAAAAUCAGAGUCUACUUCAAGGCUUGGGAGUCUAAAUUUCAGUAACUUGCAGUUUCAGAUGUUGGACAUCUUAGACAGACGAGACUUCAGGCCUUGGCACACUUUCAGGAAGUCACCAACAGAUAUUGCCAAGAAAAGAAAUUUGGUUCUCAAGAGUUUGAUGAAUAUGUUCCCAUGGUAGACAAAGCUAUGGAUUCAAGCUGGAAGAAAAAAGUGUCCCAUCAAAAGCUCCCGUCUCCUAGAAGUAUGCAAGUAUAUAUUAGAUUUCAUUAGGGAAUUGCAGGCUUUUGCAAGUCAAUGGUUAUAUGUUGUCAUAUGAGGUAUCAUAUUUAGUGGAUUCCAUUUAUGUGCAUGUAUUUUUCACAUGAGGUAUCAUAUAAUGCUUUGG